CCAUCCCCAUAAACCACAACCUCCUCCACCACCUCACCCCCAACGACGAAGCCGGCCCGUUUCCACACACUUUCCCUGAACACACAUACCCACGCUCUUUUGUACUGUGCUUCAAGACCAGUCUUUUUUUUUGCUGCUGCUCCUUGGCUAUUCCUAUUGUGUGCCAACAGAUUCUCUAAAACCAGACUUAUAGAGCAAGAUUCCACCGUCGAACCCGCCUAGCCGUGUAUGAAAAUUGGUGUGGUUGUUGUUGUUGUAUGUACCAUAGGGCGGACGAGAUGGACGACUAUUUCCGGAUCCAGCAGAGUCCCCGGGGUGAUUCGCAAGUGAACGCGACACUGGGCCUUGUAUCGCCUUCUCGAAAUCCUCUUCUUCCUCGCCGGUUUACUGCCGAUUCCGGACGUGUACCAACAUUGUCCACUAUCAAUACCAUUCAACCGCCGCAAACACAGCAGCAACAUCAGCGGGUACCUGAGCCGCAGGACUUUGCUUCCACUGCGGCUAUGCACAAAGUUCAACUGCUAGAGAAAAAGCGUCAGGACUACGAGCGCCUACGAGAGCAGCGUAGGCGCUUCGAGGCAGAAAUGCAGAAGCUGGACGCUCAGACAAGGCUAGAGGCACAGGAGCUUCAGCAGAUGACUGAGGAUAUCGCCAAGAGACUGGGGGCCGGCCAUCAGUCAGAGCCGACGACGCCUCCCGAGUACCGCGAGGUGAAUACAUCCUUGUCAACCAUCUGGUCGACAUCACGGCCAAACCGGUACUCGACCUCGAGCCUGACAUCACCCCCGGGCCUCUACAACCGACCCAACAGAUCUGGUUCGCUGCUGACAUCACCUCAAUCCGGUGGUGGUGCUAUCCCGGCCCGGUACGCCUUUGACGACCCCUUGUCCCACUCGGUGCCUGGAUCCCGUCGCAACAGCGACGAGGACGACGAGAAGGAGGAGGCAGUUCGCCAGGAUCCCACCAGUCACCGCUCCACCAAUCACCUCAACCGGUAUUCUAUGCCGGUGACCAAGUCUCGAACCUAUCUGGGUGAUUUUGAGGACAGCAACAACACCACGGGCUUCCUCUUUGGAGACGAAGACUCCCAUCUCGAGGAUACCCGAACCACUCCUACAGCGGAGGCUUUCAACACGAUCUAUCGCUCACAAGCCUAUUCUCAACUGACCUCAUCUGCUCUGGAUUCUGAACCCACCUCAACCAGUACUUGGAGUAAUCUUACCAAGCAUCAACAGCGACAAAGCAUGUCUACCAUCGGUUCCAACGGUCUCAACGGUGCCGGCCUGGUCGGUUCCCCUCCUUCAGAGCCUGGUACCAUUGGCAGCCGCCCGGCCAGCAUCCGUCACUCAAUGGAUGGCAUGAAGUUUAUGUCCGAGAGCGUCACCACGCCCUUGGACACUCCUGCCUCUGUUGUUUCCCCUCCUGCCGCCCACGCCGUGGCCUCGCCCCCCAAGCUUCAGCAGUCGUACUCUGCCAACGACGUCCCGACCAUCAAGACCAAUGGCUCGACUCUGAGUGCCAAUACCAAUGUCCAUGCUCAGCAGCAUUUCCACAACCACAAUGCCAGCUUGGGACGCUUCCCUGCCGGUGCCAUGAAUCGCCACAGCCAGAACAUGUCUGGUGAUGUCCGCGUGGCCAACAGUCAUGACAUUGCUGCUGGUUAUCCCUCUAUCUCGUCGACCCUGUCGACCCUGCAUGCCCAAGCUACCCCUUUCCAGGCUCCGAACCAGCAGCCCCAGGCCGCGGUCAUGCCGGCCCCUCCUUCGCUGGGCGGAGUCCAGUAUAGUCCUUACUAUGCUGCUGCUGUGCCUGGUAGCGUGCCGUACAACGGGGGGCAGCCAUUCAAUCCCUAUGGCAUGCUCGUGCCGAGCUUCAGCAACCUCAGCAUUGGCAGUGCCGCGCCACAGCCUUCUCAGGCCACGCAGCCUCAGCCUCAUAUCCCGACGCAGAGUUUCACUGGCUACGGUCCUCAGUACGGUCAGCCUGCUCCUCCUGCCCCUCGGCAACCCCUCCACGACAGCCAAGCCCGCGUGAUUGCGAAUCGUCGCCAGCAGGACAGUGAGGCGAUGUCACGCUACCAGAACAUGACGUUGGAGAAGGCUGAGGGCAACAUCAACAACCUGGCCAGAGAUCAGCACGGCUGUAGGUUCCUGCAGAAGCAGCUCGAGAACCGUAUUCCUCACGAGGUCCACGCCAUCUACCGGGAGGUCUUGCCUCACGUUCACGAACUCAUGAUCGAUCCCUUUGGCAACUACCUCUGCCAGAAGCUCCUCGAGUACUGUACAGACGACGAACGCACCGAGCUGAUCAAGAACUCAGCCAAAGACAUGGUGCCGAUCGCGUUGAACCAACACGGUACUCGCGCCCUUCAAAAGAUGAUCGAACAUGUGUCCAACGAGGUUCAGAUUCAAAUGAUCACCGACGCCCUGAAGAUGCAGGUCGUCACGCUGAUCCAAGAUCUGAAUGGCAACCACGUGAUUCAGAAGUGCCUCAAUAAGCUCAGCCCCGAGCAGUCUCACUUCAUCUUCAACGCUGUCGGGGAGAAUUGCAUCGACGUGGGCACUCACCGUCACGGUUGCUGCGUCCUCCAGCGGUGCAUUGAUCAUGCCAAUGGCCAACAGAAGGCCUGGCUCAUCCAAUGCAUCACCAACAAUGCGUACCGCCUGGUCCAGGACCCCUUUGGCAACUACGUGAUUCAAUACAUCAUCGACCUGAACGAGCCUAGCUUCACCGAGCCCCUCGUCGCCCAGUUCCGCACACACAUUCUAACGCUUUCCAAGCUCAAGUUCAGCUCCAAUGUGGUGGAGAAGUGCCUUCGCUGCUCCUCGGAACAGUCCAAGAACAUGAUCGUCUCGGAGCUUCUGGAUGCCGGAAGCGAGAUUGAGCGCUGCCUCCGCGACUCAUAUGCCAACUAUGUCUACCAGACAGCCCUUGACCACGGCACCAACGACAUGAAGCAGCGCCUCGUCGACUUGAUCCGCCCUCAUCUUGCCUCGAUUCGCAACACACCCUAUGGUCGCCGCAUCUCGGCCAAGAUCUCGGCCUUUGACGCCAGCGGGAUCAAUGCCAAUACCCCCAAUCAGCCGCCUGUCCCUGCUGACCACACGGGUGGCCAGGUGUCUAUUCGUCCUGCCCACCAGCGUGGCAUGUCCAAUAGCACCAACAGCACGACAAGCACAUUCCACGGCUAUGCUCCGAAUGGUGUCAACGGCGCCAACGGCAACGUCAACCACGCCGCUGCCAUCACGUACCCAGGGGGCCCGAGCCAGGCCCCGCCGCAGCCGCCCCGCGGUCAGCAGCACCCGCACCAGUUCCCUUCUGCACAGGCGGACAACAACUGGCUCUAA